UAUGUCCAAAACCCUUCAGCUGAAGCAUUCGGGAUUACGAAUGAUGAUGAGAAGGGGGAAAUCAUCCAUCUUAACAAUAUCCGAGAAGUGCAGGACUAUAUUAGCUUCGAAUUGGCAGGGGAAGCUCAACACCAUUAAAGCUGAUUCCCGCGGAAGCAAAGAGGAGAUUUACUCAUCAAAAGUGAAGUAUUUUGUGAAGAAAGGGAAGCCUUAUAUUUGGGUGCCUGAGAAGGAGUUGCAUAACGUGAAUACCAUAAUUGAUGAACGUGCUUCUUUUGCUGUUAGCAGUCAAUUUCCAGGGCCUCUUGCAUAUUUGCUUAAAUCAAUAAACAAGCUACCAACUCGGGUUGCUCUGGUUGGUGAUGUCUUGCGCCUUAAAGAUGAGAAGGUUAAUUUAGUGGCUGAAAGCCUUCAGGAAAUCCUACAAGCAGACCUAAGUAAUACUCAGGAGCUAAGCUAUUCAGUUUCAGGCAUAUUGAAUUCAUCGUCACAUGCUUCUUCUUCUCGGAGUGAAAAUCUAAAAGAAUUGCUCACAGACAAGGAACAUUACGCCGUGUAUAAGUUCGACCCAAGCUCGUGCAUGUACCUCGAUGGAAGUGGUCGAACUCAUGAAGUAAAUCUUGAAGACAUCGAAAAGUGUAAAGCUGAUCCUCUAACUCCAUUUUCAACGGCUCUGAUCGACGGAAUCAAUCAGAGUGAAACGCGGCGUCGUGCCCUUGUUCUUUUCUGCAUCACCUUCCUAAAAGAACAUGCUAAGGAUGCUUUUCUUCUCUCCAUAGACAGGAAGGGAUUCGACGUAUUAGGAAAAGUUUUGGACUCAGUCGGCGAUGCUGGCUCUCAUGAGUAUCGAUGGAAGGAGUUGAGAUUUACGUUCAAAGACGAGGCACACAAUGUCGAGUCCUUCUGCAAACACCUCGUUCGAAUGGAGGAGGAUGCCCUGAAGAACGUCUCGGAAUUCAGCGGCAUAUGAGCGUGCGUAGAGCUGUCUCUAUUGUUCGUAAUCUUGCCGAAAGUGACGAGAGGCGGCGGCGUCGGAGUUUUUGAAGGUACUGACUUCCUACUACUCAAUCUUGUUGGGGCUUUUUUCGUUUAAGCUACUCAUUCGUCAUCUCCUUCAUAGGCAAAAUUUUGAGACUUUUGGUAUGUUUAUGAGGAUUUAUAUUUGUUGUGAUUUCAUAAAUAUAUUUGGAGUUCUCAUGUAGAAAUAUUCAGAUCAAAUGACUUGUGGCAAUAUGUGGUUGUCUAACAACAGCAAUACACAAAACAC